UCGGUGACAGUGGUAGCGCCUGCAGCGCCGCCUUUACCCUGCUGGAGGCGCCCGAGAGACCGGGGCGACCACGGCGGCUGCGCAGAGCCUUCCUUAAGCCGGCUGCCGCCCUAGCAAGAUCCGCCCGGCUCAGCUGACAGCUACCGAGAACGGAAGAGGCGGCGCGCCGGUUCAGCGGGGCGUCCCUAGGCCUGGUCGGCUGGGGUCGAUGGCAGGAUUUUCAUAGUAUUUGUAAUAUGAGUUCCACAUCCUGGCCUCUUAUCCAGCUUCAGCCGUCUCUGCUCCAUCAGCUAGAGAAUAAAUGGGAUGUGCACGAAGUCCACUCUGAACUGAAAUACAGACUUCGGUGUUAAUAAUCCUUUUCUUCUGAUUGUUAUUAACAGUUCCUCAGAAAAUUAAAUGUCGUCAGAAGACCGAGAAGCUCAGGAGGAUGAAUUGCUGGCCCUGGCGAGUAUUUACGAUGGAGAUGAAUUUAGAAAAGCAGAGUCUGUCCAAGGUGGAGAAACCAGGAUCUAUUUGGAUUUGCCACAGAAUUUCAAGAUAUUUGUGAGCGGCAAUUCAAAUGAGUGUCUCCAGAAUAGUGGCUUUGAAUACACCAUUUGCUUUCUGCCGCCACUUGUGCUGAACUUUGAACUGCCACCAGAUUAUCCAUCCUCUUCCCCACCUUCAUUCACACUUAGUGGCAAAUGGCUGUCACCAACUCAGCUAUCUGCUCUAUGCAAGCACUUAGACAAUCUAUGGGAAGAACAUCGUGGCAGUGUGGUCCUGUUUGCCUGGAUGCAAUUUCUUAAGGAAGAGACCCUAGCAUACCUAAAUAUUGUCUCUCCUUUUGAGCUCAAGAUUGGUUCUCAGAAAAAAGUGCAGAGAAGGACAGCUCAAGCCUCUCCCAACACAGAGCUAGAUUUUGGAGGAGCUGCUGGAUCUGAUGUAGACCAAGAGGAAAUUGUGGAUGAGAGAGCUGUGCAGGAUGUGGAAUCAUUGUCAAAUCUGAUCCAGGAAAUCUUGGACUUUGAUCAAGCUCAGCAGAUAAAAUGCUUUAAUAGUAAAUUGUUCCUGUGCAAUAUCUGUUUCUGUGAGAAGCUGGGUAGUGAAUGCAUGUACUUCUUGGAGUGCAGGCAUGUGUACUGCAAAGCCUGUCUGAAGGACUACUUUGAAAUCCAGAUCAGAGAUGGCCAGGUUCAGUGCCUCAACUGCCCAGAACCAAAGUGCUCUUCGGUGGCCACUCCUGGUCAGGUCAAAGAGUUAGUAGAAGCAGAGUUAUUUGCCCGUUAUGACCGCCUUCUCCUCCAGUCCACCUUGGACCUGAUGGCAGAUGUGGUGUACUGCCCCCGCCCAUGCUGCCAGCUGCCUGUGAUGCAGGAGCCUGGCUGCACCAUGGGUAUCUGCUCCAGCUGCAAUUUUGCCUUCUGUACCUUGUGCAGGUUGACCUACCAUGGGGUCUCUCCAUGUAAGGUGACUGCAGAGAAAUUAAUGGACUUACGAAAUGAAUACCUGCAAGCAGAUGAGCCCAAUAAAAGACUUUUGGAACAAAGGUAUGGUAAGAGGGUGAUUCAGAAGGCACUGGAAGAGCUGGAAAGUCAAGAGUGGCUAGAGAAGAACUCCAAGAACUGUCCAUGUUGUGGAACUCCCAUAGAGAAAUUAGAUGGAUGUAACAAGAUGACAUGUACUGGCUGUAUGCAAUAUUUCUGUUGGAUUUGCAUGGGUUCUCUGUCUAGAGCAAACCCUUACAAACAUUUCAAUGAUCCUGCUUCACCAUGUUUUAACCGGAGUGGUCCAGGAGAGGACAAUUCGAUGCUGUAGGUGAGAGAUGGAGUGUUGUCAGAGCAAUGUCCUCAAGGAGGCAAGAGAGGAUGGAUCUGAUGUGCAAGCAGAGGGCUCGGCCAAGGAGCAGGUAACAGGGAGACAGCAGAGUGUGAGAGCAGGGCUGGCUUGUGGGUGUGUGAUGGUGGGAACUCAUGGACAUUCUUUUCUGAUUACUUUUGUUUUCAAGGUCAUUGGCUGAGAGGGAACCUGGGGUAGAGGGGUUAGAGGUUUGGGACCUUACGAAUUAGUCUUUGAGGAGACUAAUCAGACUAUUAUGAUUGUUAAUGUAGUAUGACUGCCAGCUGGUGGUAAUGGCUCCCCUGGGGUCCAAAUUACUAUGUUCUGUUUUGCCUGCCCAUUACUGCAUAACUCGAAAUCCUGUCACACUGUAUCUUACUGGAAAUGGAUGUGGUUCACUAGCAUCCAUCACAGUAAGGAUUUUGGUUCCCAGGAAAGAAGCAUCAAAUUUGCCAAGUUAGAUCUUCUCAGUAGGCCAUUUGGCUCAUCCAUUAUAUAAUAUGCUAUGAUUUCCCCUGGUUGUUGUAUACAAUCACUACUCGGGGACAACUACCAGGCUUAUGGUUCAACAAAUACCAAUGCCUUCUAGAUACCAAGGCACUGCUAUAGGAGCAGAAUGGAGCAGUAUUUAACAUCUGCCUUCAUGGAGCUUAUAUUUUGGGGAAACAAAAUACAUGUUCAGUGGUAAAAGAUUCUGAGAAAACAGCACACAACAAGGAUACGAACUUGGGAGUUGCAGCUUUAUAUUGGAGGGUCAGGGAAGAGUUAUCUGAUAAAUGACGUUGGAGGCAAGCCCUGAAGGAUGGAAAGAGUAGAAGAGUGGGCCGUCGGGGGAAUAGUGGGCCAGGCUCUUGUGUUCACCUCUGCUUUAUAAACAGACUAAUGGAAGGAAGGCAGCACCCACUGAUGUCAACACUGCCACUUUUUACUAAAUAUAAUAAAACUUUAAACACAUUCUGUCUACUCUUCCUGAAACACAACUCUGUGUGCACUUAAUGUUACCUUUUUCCUUGCUUAUCAAACUUGCUGUUUUACAAAUUCAACUUGAUCCAGUCAGCUGUAUUUAAUAUUUCCUUUUUUAUCAAAUUGUGAAAAUGGUCAGUGGGAACCCAUUUAACUGGCUGUUUUGUCCUCUCAAAACUGCCUCAGACAUUUUUGUUUUGCUUUAUUUCAUCCCCAGACUUACUGGGACAAGCCUCAGAUUUUUUUUUUUUUUUUUUUUUUUUUUAGACAAAGUCUUGCUCUGUAGCCCAGGCUGGAGUGCAGUGGCAUGAUCUCAGCUGACUGCAACCUCCACCUCCCUGGUUCAAGCGAUUCUCCUGACUCAGCCUCGCAAGUAGCUGGGAUUACAGGCACAUGCCGCUGCACCCAGCUAAUUUUUUGUAUUUUUAGUAGAGAUGGCAUUUCACCAUCUUGGCUAGGCUGGUCUUGAACUCCAGACCUCAGGUGAUGUGCCUGCCUUGGCCUCCCAAAGCGUUAGGAUUAUAGGUAUGAGCCACUGCGCCCAACCAGCUCCAGACAUUUUUGAAAGUACCCUUAUUUCCAGUAACGAAAUAUUCCAGGCCUACUCUGAUCACUGCCCCCAAACAUAUGAUUAGCUCCUGUCCAAGGAGCCCUGAUAUUAGAGGCCCAAGCUGACCCAGGGGGAUAGAUCCCACUUAAACACAUAAGCACUGGUUGUAGCAAGAUAGUGCUGUUGAGCAACCAAGAAAACACAGACUUGGGAAAUACAUCAGAUUUAAGAUCUCAAGUUCAUACAGACAUGUCCAGUUUAGCUGUUAUCACUAAAUCCUUUUUUGUUUAAUUUUAAUAUAGUUAAUUUCUUUUCUAUAACAUACUUAAAAUUUAAACCUUUCUUGAUUGGAUGAACAAAACGUAUGUCCACAAAAUGAAAUACUAUACAGCAAUAAAAAGGAAUGGACUACUGCUUCGUGUUAUGUGAACCUGAAAAACGUUAUGCUUAGUGAAAAAAGCCACAAAAGAUGUUAUCUCACAUGAUUCCAUUUAGGUGAAAUGACCAGAAAAGGUAAAUCUAUGGACACAAAGCAGGCCAGUAAUUGUCUGGGACUGGGGUCAGGAGUAGGGAGCUUUGGGGAAUGAUAGAAAUGGAUUGUGGGCUGCGCACGGUGGCUCAAGCCUGUAAUCUCAGCACUUUGGGAGGCCGAGGCUGGUGGAUCAUGAGGUCAACAGAUCGAGACCAUCCUGGUCAACAUAGUGAAACCCCUUCUCUACUAAAAAUACAAAAAGAUAGCUGGACAUGGUGGCGCAUGCCUGUAAUCCCAGCUGCUCAGGAGGCUGAGGCAGGAGAAUUGCCUGAACCCAGGAGGCGGAGGUUGCGGUGAGCCGAGAUCGCGCCAUUGCACUCCAGCCUGGGUAACGAGCAAAAUUCCGUCUCAAAAAAAAAAAGAAAGAAAUGGAUUGUGGUGCUGGGCAUGGUGGCUCAUGCCUGUAAUCCCAGGACUUUGGGAGGCCGAGGCAGGCAGAUCAUUUGGGGCCAGGAAUUCAAGACCAGCCUGGUCAACAUGGUGAAACCCCAUCUCUGUUAAAAAUACAAAAAUUAGCUGGAUGUGCUGGUGCGCACCUGUAAUCCCAGCUACUGGGAAGGCUGAGGCAGGAGAAUCACUUGAACCCAGGAGGCAGAAGUUGCAGUGAACUGAGAUUGCACCACUGCACUCCAGCCUGGGAGACCACAGUGAGACUUUUGGGUCUCAAAAAAAAAAAAAAAGGAUUGUGGUAGGGAGGUACACAAUUCCAUAAACAAAAAAAUCAUUGGAUUUAUAUUUAAAUGUUAAUUUUAUCAGCAUGUAAAUUAUAUCUCAAAAUUG